AUAAAAAGCUCAUUCCAAGUUUAUCCAGGUUCUUAUGUGAUUCUUCAUUAGUGUGAACAUCGGACAAUUUUCCUGCGACCAUUUUUUUCCAAUUAAUCUCAAUAGCUUAUCCAAGUUGUAACUAAAAACAAAAGCCAAAAAUGUGGACCCGAAAGGAAUAUAUUUUGUUGAUUGUUUCAUCAAUCGUCACUGUUGCCUUAUCAGCCAAUUCACCAGCCACAAAUUCAAAUGGAUCCAAUAGGCAGGCAGGAGCUGCUGCUGGAACUGGAAUCUUAAAUGUAAUUUCAUCAAUGAUUCCAGGUGCCAUCGGAAAUGUUUUACCAAUGGUUUUACUUUUUGGAUUAGGCGCUCUUAUGGUACCAGCUCUUGGUUUAGGUCUUCUCCUCAGAGAAGGCAGACGAAGUGAGCCAUACUUAUAUCACUAUCGUUCAUUCCCUUCAUUCAAAAUCAACACAUCUGCACUUGUUGAUGGCGCUUCCGAUGUUCUCGACAGAGUAAUGAAAGCUUUAGACAAUGUUGACAAGAAAUACAACUAAACUGAUAUUCCAGUCGACUGUUAAUCUAAAACUGAUUUAAGAGCUUUCAUUGUUACUUUUUUUGGACAACAUCCAUUAUCAUCAUUAUCACCACCGAACAACAUAAAUCAAAUUGUCCUAUCCAUCUUUAAUUGGAACACUAACCCAUUGAUAGGGUCCCACCGAAACAAUAGAAUUAACUAUCGUUUUUCUCAUCUUUUUGUACCAACGAAAAUUAUGUCAAAAAUCAUCUCGCCGAGAUUUGAUUUCAUUGACUUUUCUUAAUUUUUUGUAUCCUAGUGGAAAUUGUAAUUUAACCUAAAUUGCAGUUUCCACGUCUUUACUUCACUUUUCUCACCUUUCUCAUCAUUUUCUGACAUUAAUUUAAAUUAAAUUAUUUUUGUUUUUGAAA